AUGACUCCAUGUUUCCAACCGUUGCGACGCAUUCCUGUCCCUAUGCAAGUGGCCGUGAAUAAAAAGCUAGAGGAACUGCUGAGAAGAGAUAUAAUUGAAGCGAAGAAGAGACCUGCUACGUGGGUAUCGCCACUGGUGAUAGCCAAGAAAAUAAAUGGAAAUAUACCUGAUGUACUAUCGCGACUCUCGACCCUCCCAUCGAAACCAUUUGAUGAAACCGAAGAGCUACUGGUGAACGAGAUUGCUAUGAAUGCUGCAAUAGCGGUGGCACUGAAGUGGCAGGAUUUUAAAAAUGCUAGUCAUGGAGACAAACAGAUAAACGAUGUUUUUGAUGCUCUCGAAACUGGUUGUGCCGAUCAGCUUCCGCUAGUAUACAGAUCAUCAUUCAGCGAGUUCUGUAGAGUAGAUGACGUACUACUCAGAGGUGACCGCAUCGUAGUACCGGAAAAGUUACAGUAUCAGGUAGUUCAGAUAGCACAUGAAGGGCACCCUGGAAAUAGAAUCAUGAAGGCUCAUUUGCGUACACAUGUCUGGUGGUCCAAAAUGGACAAUCAAGUUGAAAAUUUUGUUAAGGCUUGUCGUGGAUGUACCUUGGUGUCUGCUCCAAAUCCACCGGAACCGUUAGUCAGAAAAGAAUUACCAACCCAGCCUUGGCAACAAAUCGCAAUUGAUUUUUUAGGGCCACUGCCGGAAGGGGAAAGUCUCCUGGUUAUUAUAGACUAUUAUAGUAGAUAUCCUGAAGUCAUUGAAGUGAACAGCAUCACUACAACAUCUACCAUUAAAAAGCUACUGACUGUAUUUUCUCGUUAUGGUGUCCCGGAAAUGCUUCGCGCAGAUAACGGCUCUCAAUUCAACUCGGAUGAGUUUGAACGGUUUUGCACGGAGUAUGGAAUUAAUUUGGAACGAACAAUACCGUAUUGGUCGCAGAUGAACGGCGAGGUCGAACGUCAAAACCGUUCAAUUUUGAAAAGAUUACGUAUAGCACAAGAGUUGGGAAAGGACUGGCGAAUAAGCGUGCAUGGACGGAAAAAGCAACAGAAGAAGUUCGACGUUGACAGAUAG